AUGGCACGUCCCUGAAGUCUUGCUUUGUGCUCCAUCCGCAACUUCCAGAGUACUCUUUAACUCAUUUAUAUUCUUUAAGUCCUGUAUACUCUCAUUCGUGACAAUGGCACUCGGCAACUCCCAGCCACGAGAACCUUCGAUAGAGCCAGACAUCCAAUACAUAAAAACUUCAACAAGCUUCAAGGACGCCGUCUACACACGACGAUCAAGACCCCUAGCAGGCCUCUUCGAACUCGGCAUCCGCAUUUUCCAAUUCAUCUUUGCCCUCGCAUCCGGCAUCUCCUACGCCAUCGAGCUCUCGCACAGCAACACCUCUCCCUCCUUCAUAUACACGCAAGUAGUAUUCGGUCUGACCCUCCUCACACUCAUCAUCGAAGCCAUAACACUACGAUCGUUCCGGGCCGUCUUCCUAGUCGAAUCUGUCAUUUGCAUCCUAUGGCUCGCGCUCUUUGGCGUGUUUUACACAAUCUACAUCGAUCAGGAAAUGAGUCUCGACCCGAGGUACGCUAACGUGGAAUUGAGGCGUAUGCGAAAUGCGGUUUGGUUGGAUCUUGUGAAUUUUGUCUUGUGGCUGGCGAGUGCCAUAUUCUCGACGAUAAUGUGUUGCUCGGGGACGAAGGCUGCGGUGCGGGGCAAGUUGAAUGGUAUGAAGGCCAAGAGGAGGAAUGGCAAGUACGAAGACGCGGAGAAUGGGAUGGAAAGUGGUGUGGUUCGUACUGAUGCUAUUCCUGGGAAUGGAGAUCGUCUGCCAACAUAUGAGGUUGUCAUGACAGCCACUAGGGAAGGAAGAUUGUAA